ACUAAAUAAUAACAACCCUCUGUUAAAUAAAAAUAUAAUAGAAAAAAAAUACAACUUCACCUGUAACGCAUGAAUUAAUCAUCUUUAACACAUUUAUUGCUGUUAUUUUUAUGUUGUUAACAAAAACCAUCGUCUUCUUCAGGGUAUUUGCAAGUGUUUUUUUAUUGAUUCACAUAAAGAAAUUGGCACACGUACAUAACUGAAGUUUAAAAAGUGGUUCAAUUUAAAACAGACAAAAGCAAAAAUCAAAAACAAAAUAUUUUAUUUAAAAGUCUGGAAAUUUUGUGCAAAAUAUUAACGAUUAAACUACAUAACAGCAAUUAUAAACCAUAAUUCAAUAUGAAUUUCAUUGUGAUUGGCAUGUUAAUAAUGCAGGCUGCAAGAUUGGCUUGCGGGACAUGUGUUUUAGAAUCCGAUUUUGGUUUUAUACUCAAUUGUAACUUCAAAAAAUCUGGACUAUUUCGUGUAAGAAAUUUGGGAGGCCUUAAAGCGCACUUUGGUUUAGGUUUUAGUUUGGGUGAUGAAUUGGGUUUUGCCGAGUCAUUGGGAAAUGUGGAGGGUGGUCGACGACGUUCGAUUGGCUAUAAAAAUGGACCACCACCCAACGCGGUUGGAGUACUGCCAGGAAAUCAACAGAUCACCCAACAAUCCCUGAAUGAUAAACGUAUAAUUUCACGAUCCCCCAUGGCCAUCAGUCCUGAACUCCGAGAAUCUUUGACAAAACAAGCCAAGGCUGCAGCAGCCGCUGAUAUGUUAGCAAAACAAGCGGCAGUCAAUCAAAUGGCAGCAAAACAAGCUGCCAUGGUAGAUUUGGCUGCCCGCCAAGCGGCUCUAGCUGAACUACAAGCCCAAAAAGCUAGACAGGGACCUCUAAUGACAGAAGCUCGUCCUCUACCCUUGGGAGUGCCCGCCUUUAAGCCCAUACCUAAAAAACAAAUACCUCUACAAACAGCACAAAGAAGAUCGAAUAUAGCUGUCGAUACACCCAACUCUAAAAUGAGUGUAAACAAUAGGGUGGUAGAUAUGUAUACACAACAAAUCAAUGCAAAUCGCACCUUCCAUUCACACAAUCCCAUCGUUUCCCAACCCAUGGCCGUACCCGCUUUUCAAGCCAUGCCUGAUUCUGUAAAUAAAAUAACAGCUGUUUUGAAACCUCCUGCCACAUUACCGGUUCAACAACUGCCCUUACCCUCGAAUACACAUCCUAAUUAUUUACAAUUUGAGGAACCUAAAUUCGAUUUGAAAGACAUCUCAGUUGAGGAAUUAGCUCGUGCGGCAAAUGUUAGUGUGGAUACUAUAAAACAUGCCAUCUAUGUGAGAGAACAACAAAUGAGAGCGGAACAGAGAGCAAUGUUGGCAGCAAAAUUAAGAGAAGAAUUUAUAAGGACCUCAACAUCGACUAGUUCUACGACAACAUCUACUACUACAACGACCACUACACCGCGUCCAGUUUUACAAUAUUUCGAGAAUGCAAAUGCACUCAGUGAGAAUAAGAUGUCAAAGGUAAUGAAUGCUCCCAAAGAAUACUAUCCUGUUGGAUAUGAUAAAAACUUUGAUGACAACUUUAAGUCUAAAGUGGAUUUACCUCCCACCUCAUUCUCUUGUGCCAAACAGAAACAUUUUCCUGGUCUUUAUGCUGACACCGAUUUGGGCUGCAUGGUCUUUCAUGUUUGCGCUCUUACCGAUGAUGGCAUGGUACGCAAAUCUUUCCUUUGUCCUGAAAAUACACUUUUCGAUCAAACUAUACUCAAAUGUAAUUGGUGGUUUUAUGUUGAUUGUUCUGCUUCUAAAAGUGUUUACGAUUCGAAUAUACCCAUUUCGAAAAGUUAUCAACUAAUGAAAUCUUUAACAUAUUUCUCAAAAUUCACAAAAACUAAAGAUGGUGAGGAAAACAAUGAUGGUGGUUUAGAUAUACAAACUCUUAAAGAUUCUAUGGAUAAUGUAGAUCGUAAAUCUAGUGAUGAUGUAGAGGAGGAAGGAGAUGAGACUAUAACAUCACCGGCCGAAGACGAGCAUCAACAGUUGAAUGAGUCAUAAGUUUUAGUUUAAUUAAUAUCUAGUUUUUAGCUUAAAUUUAGUUAUAUAAUGCGUAUGUCUGUCUCUAUCUCUCUCUUUCACUCGUAACACUCUCGUUUGUGUCAAAAAAAAAAAAACGGAAACAAAAACAAAGAAAAACGAAUCAAAUUUCAUUAUAGUCAUUUGUUUUUAGUUUCAUAUAUAUAUUUUCUUCAAUUAAUUUAAAGAAAACAACUAAUCAACUUAAUAAUUUUCGCUAGAGCGAUACCUACAAAUGAUUUGUUUUUCUUUUUAUUUAGAAACCUAAUUUUCUUUCAUUCAGUUUCCUAAGUUUUGUGUUUAAGGUUGUUUUUAUGUUCUUAGUUAAAUGUACAAUUUUGUUCAAUUUUUUAUAUUACCUUUUUACUAAGAGAAGAAAAAGUUCGUUAUUUUUUUGUUUUGUGUGGAUAUUUUUAAAUUAUUUAUUAUACAAAUAAUAUAUAUUUUUUUGUAAUAAAAAAAGAAAUAUAAAAAAAUAUAUCUAAAGAA